CAAUCUGCAUCCACUAUACUCACGUCCGCUGCAUGACAUGCGACUCAUCUUCUCUCACACGCCUGUCGUCAACUACCUUCUCACUCAACGCCUCGAUUGUCUCGCUGACUUGCUGCUCACGCUCUCACUGCUACAGGGCAUGAACCCGUAUGUGCGCUUUGAGUAUGGCGACCCCACUGAAGGCACCCGGUGGACCAAGGCUGUCACGCUCGAGAUGUUGGUGAUUGGCCUAAUUGACAACAUCACAGAGCGCUACACCUCCUCCCCCUCCACCCUCCCCACCACCAUCCUCUCCCCGCCUGCUGGAAACACUGGAAGAGUGGCAGACGCGGGGCAAGGAGAGGUGGGGGUGGAUGCAGAGCAUGCUUUGCUGAAUGGAGCCCGGAUCGCACUGCAGGCCCUGCUGGCUUGGCUGGUCAAGAAUCAGAUCAAGGCGGAGGACACGGGGAGCAAAACAGUGGCCAUGUCGCUGCACCUCCCUCUGCACCGCAUUCUCUCCCUCUUCUUCGCCUCCAUCAUACACAUCGCUGCUCACACUGUGCCGGCCACUGCUGGUGGUCCUGCUGCUGGUACUGGCGUUGGCGUUGGCGCUGGUGCUGGUGCUGGUGGUGGUGCUGGUGGUGGUGCCGGUGGCAGUGGUGAUGGGGGUGAUGCGAGUGGCGGGUCAGGGCCAGCAGCAUCAGUGGCUCACUUGCGGCGGCUUCUACCCCUCAAUAUGCGCAGAGAGGUUCUGGCAAUGGCAGAGCACCCACUUCGCCUCUUCGCCUGGAUGGCCCAGAUUCGAGCGCGCGAGUGGCACUACCAGGGCGAGGACCUAAGCAAGCUGGAGAGGGUGUAUCGGGGGGGCUACUGGCCCGCUGCCAUGGACCUCGACCUGCUGCUGCUGCAGCUCGUCUCCCUCUUCUCCUCCGACUCCCCUGCUGCUCUCCUCGCCUCCGCUGUCAAGCACUUCAGUCUUCACGACACCUUCAGCAAAACCAUUCAAUGCGCCUCUGCCAUGUCAUCAGCUUCGUCACCUGCCCCCAGUGCUGACUGGACAGCAGCAGAGCUCAGCCGAUUGGCUGAUCUGCUCAAGCUUGUCCUGCUGAUCCUUCGAGACCCCAAGCACACGGGAUUCUCAGAGGACUAUGUGCUGCGAUACCAUGUCAUUCAGUGGCUGGCAGUGCGCGACCGCACUCACAGCGAUCUCUCCCAGCAACUCGGUUCUUCCCUCGCAAGCCUCCCCCAGCUGAGCGCAGUGUUGCAGGACGUGGCAGAGCAUCAUGUGCCGCGGCGCCUGCAGCAGCGCGGGUACUUCCAGCUGAAACCUGCCUGCUGGGAAGAGUUUGACCCGCUCUUCCCCCACUACUCACUCUCUGAGCUAGAGGAGGCUCAGCCCGCCUGCUGGGGAGAGUUUGACCCGCUCUUUCCCCACUACUCGCUUUCAGAGCUAGAAGAAGCGCAGGUGAGUGCGGACGGUGGGCUCACUCACCAGAUCGCCCCCCACUUUUCCUCCUCAUCUCCACACCCUCCACCCGCUCCCCCUUCUCCUACCCCUCUCCCCAUCCCCUUCCCCACCUCGCUCUCCACCCCCCUCCCCAAUCCCCUCCCCAACCCCUCCCGAGAGCGAGCAGAGAGGCUGGCGCCCAAGGUGCGCUUCUGGCAGGUGAAGUGCCCGCAGCGACACAUGGCGCCGUUUGAUAGGCUGCCAGACAUGGCUCACACCGAGCCAUGCCACAUUGUGGUGCGCUGCGCUGUCGCGUGCGCUGCCCACCUGCUCGCCUCCCGAAACCCAUCCCACAGCACACAAGCAGAAAACAUCGCUCUCCUCGCCACGCAGCUCGUUACACUGGCUGCUACUGAUGCCAGGUCCAUCCCAAGCUGGCUGUGGAAGGAAGCUAUGGUGCUGGGCGCACCAGUCUCCUCCUCCCCUUCCCGGCCUCCCGUGUAUCCCCCCGGCUUAUAUUCGACCAAGAAACCUGGCAGCAGUGGGAGCAGUGGUAGCGGUGGCAGUGGUGGGAGUGGGGGCGGUGGAGAGAGCGAGUGGGAUUCAGAGCGGUUGCAGUCUGUCAGAUCUCGUUCCUCUGCCGCUGCUGCUGAUGAUGAAGACGAUGAUGUUGCCUCAACAGCAGCAGCAGAGGACGAUGUAGCAGCAGCAGUUCUAUCAUGCCUUCCCUCUCCUUUGUUGUCCACAGCACCAUCUGCUGCAGAGAGUGACGAUGCAGCAGCAGCAGCAGUCAUAUCGUGCCUACCCUUUGGUGGGGACGCACGGGGAGCAGCAGGUCUCAAGGACGCCAUAGAGCAUGUGAUCUCGCUGCUCAUGGCCAGACUCGACCUGGUGUCCUCCUGA